AAGAUGAUCCAAAUAGUCUGCCUGGGCAUGCUCCUACCGUCGGUGGUCCACUCGGCCCAGGGUCACUAUGCCCACAAGCUCCUCAAGGAUUUGAUGGAGAACUAUACCAGCGCCCUGCGGCCCGUGGAGGACACAGACCGAGCGCUUAACCUCACUUUACAGAUCACGCUCUCGCAGAUCAAAGACAUGGACGAGAGGAACCAGGUGUUGAUCGCCUACCUGUGGAUAAGGCAGAGGUGGCACGACGCUUACCUGAAGUGGAAUAAAGAGGACUACGACGGACUGGAGGUCAUCCACAUCCCCAGCAACCUUGUGUGGAGACCCGACCUCGUCCUCUAUAACAAGGCCGACGACGCCCUGUCGGGGCCCAUGGACACCAACGUGAAGCUGCGCUACAACGGAGAGAUCACCUGGGACGCUCCCGCCAUCACCAAGAGCUCCUGCGUGGUGGACGUCUCUUACUUCCCCUUCGACAGCCAGGAAUGUAACCUGACCUUCGGAUCCUGGACCUACAAUGGAAACCAGGUGGACGUCUUCAUGGGCAUGGACAGCGGCGACCUGUCCGACUUUGUCGAAAAUGUGGAGUGGGAGUGCCACGGCAUGCCGGCCACCAAGAACGUCAUCAUGUACGGCUGUUGCUCCGACCCGUACCCCGACAUCACCUACACCGUGCUGCUGCAGCGCCGCUCGUCCUUCUACAUCUUCAACCUCCUCCUCCCGUGCUUCCUCAUCUCCUUCUUGGCUCCUCUCGGGUUCUACCUGCCCGCAGACUCAGGGGAGAAGGUCUCCCUGGGGGUGACGGUGCUGCUGGCUCUCACCGUGUUCCAGCUCAUGGUGGCUGAGAGUAUGCCCCCCUCGGAGAGCGUGCCUCUUAUAGGCAAGUACUAUAUCGCCACCAUGACCAUGGUGACGGCGUCCACAGCUCUCACCAUCUUCAUCAUGAAUAUCCACUUCUGCGGUCCCGAGGCCAAACCCGUUCCGCGCUGGGCAAAAGUGCUCAUCAUCGACUACAUGUCCAAGAUCUUCUGCGUGUACGAGGUGGGCGAGAACUGCGCCUCCUCCGCGUCCGCUCGCUCGGCUCAGGACGAUAUCGGUCGCCGGUACUUCGCCUCCCGGAUCGGAGCCAACGGCCAAGCGGGAGGUCACAGCGGUCCAGAUGAGCGACGGGGGCAAAAGGCCGCAACGCCGCGACAACCUCCCAGAAUGAAAACUCAGCAGCACAUCACCAGGGCCGAGAGGAGCCUCUUCUCCAGCUUUCCGCUCGGGAAAUACAAAGAAUCGGACGGGAAAGUUCCGGCAGGGGACUGCUGUAAAGACGACCGCAAGGUUCCGUUUUGCCCCGGAGACAAAAAACCACCGGCCCGAAGCCCCGCGCGAACGUCAGGGGCCUGUGCGUUGUGUCGUCAUGGCAACGGCGGGGACCCGAAGUUGGCGCGCAACGUCGAGUACAUCGCAAACUGUUUCCGAGAGCAGAGGGCCACGUGCGCCAAGGGGGCCGAGUGGAAGAAGAUUGCCAAAGUGAUGGACAGGUUCUUCAUGUGGAUCUUCUUCACCAUGGUCUUCCUCAUGAGCAUCCUGGUCAUCGGGAAGGCCCCGUGA